GUUUUUGCUUAUUUAAAUAAUUUGAUGUAUGAAUGGAGGAUAAGAUUGAAUAGGAAGAGAGGAACAGAAGAGGUUUGGUGUGUGAAUUUUGUGUGUUGUUUUGGCGAAAGUGUUGGGGCUGUGUUUCCAUCUCUCACUGAUGGACAAGGACAGAUCAGAAUCAUCCUCUCCGUCACCCUUUCCGACCACCGCCACGUCAGACUCCGACGACAUCAGCGAAAAGCCCCACAGAGGCCACCGCCGCGCCCAUUCCGAGAUUCUCACCCUUCCCGAGGACAUCACCUUCGACGUGGACCACCACUUGCUCAACCUCUCCCUCCACUUUGAUCAACACAAUUCCUCUCAAGGUAACAACACCAACACCAACAAUGUCGCUAGGGUUAGACACCACCAUAGCCACUCCAUCGAUGGUUCCAUCCAACCGGAGAUGCUUCUUUCCGGCGCCGACGACGUCUCCGCCGUCGAUACUAAGAAGGCAGUAUCUGCUGCCAAGCUUGCCGAGCUUGCCUUAAUUGAUCCCAAGCGGGCCAAAAGGAUAUGGGCAAACAGACAGUCUGCUGCAAGAUCAAAAGAAAGGAAGAUACGUUACAUUUCUGAGCUUGAAGGGAAAGUGCAGACAUUGCAAACAGAAGCAACAUCCUUGUCUGCACAGUUAACUCUCUUGCAAAGAGAUUCAAAUGGACUGACUACUGAGAACAGCGAGUUGAAAUUGCGGUUGCAAACCAUGGAGCAACAGGUCCACUUGCAAAAUGCAUUAAAUGAUGCAUUAAGAGAUGAAAUUCAACAUUUGAAAGUACUGACUGGACAAGUUGUGCCAAAUGGAGGACCUAUAAAUUUUUCUUCAUUUGGUGGGGGGCAACAAUUCUAUCCCAACAAUCAGGCCAUGCACACUCUUUUAGCUGCACAACAGUUUCAACAACUUCAAAUUCAUUCCCAGAAGCAGCAACAACAGUUUCAGCAGCAUCAACUUUAGCAUCAACUACAACAGCAACAGGAACAGUAAUAUCAACAAAUGGCGGACACAAACAACACUUCAUCAAAUGUACUUCAUCAAAUGUAAAUCUUUCAGCGGCCAAAGAUUUUAGAGACUACAUAUUGCCUUCUCUUCUUCAUACCUUAUAAAUACCCUUUGUCUUGUGUUUAGAGAUUGUUUAGGUCACAUCACAGUAAUGUUAUAUUUCUUAUUCAUGAACAGUACAGAUAGUCAGAGAUCGAGAAUUAUGCAUUGUAUCUUGGAAAUAUGAAAUUCUUUGGCACCUUUGGUUAAGAAUCUGUGGGCGGAUUUAUGUUUGUUAA